UCUGGGAGUGAGUAGUGAAAAUGCGACUAUUAGCAAGCUUCGCAGCGGUAGCCCUUGUCGGACUAGUGUCGGCUCAGUUCGACACUCAUCAGUGGGCAGGACGAAGCGGAAUUGUGCAUUUGUUCGAGUGGAAGUGGGGUGAUAUUGCCGAUGAGUGCGAGCGGUUCCUGGCACCUAAUGGAUUUGCUGGUGUUCAAGUUUCACCACCGACCGAGAAUAUCAUUGUGAGCAAUAGACCUUGGUGGGAACGCUACCAACCGGCUUCGUAUCAUCUCAACACCCGUUCCGGAACCGAGAGUGAGUUCUCCAGUAUGGUCAAGCGGUGCAAUGACGUUGGUGUAAGAAUCUACGUUGAUAUUGUUAUCAAUCAUAUGGCAGCAGUGUCUGGCACUGGAACCGGAGGUUCUACGGUAGAUGGACUAAAUUUCCCAGCUGUACCCUACGGAAGUGGUGACUUCAAUCCUUAUUGUUCAAUUGAGGAUUACAGUAAUGCCGAACAAGUGCGCAACUGUUGGUUGGUCGGACUACCGGAUUUGGCCCUUGGUACAUCCUACGUACGUGAUCGCAUAGUAGAUCUUAUGAACAAAUGUAUCGGCUACGGUAUUGCUGGUUUCCGCGUGGAUGCUGUCAAACAUAUGUGGCCCGGAGAUUUGGAACACAUCUACAAUCGGCUCAACAACUUAAACACGGAUCAUGGAUUCCCUAGCGGUGCAAGAGCUUUCAUCACUCAAGAGGUUAUCGACUUGGGUGGGGAAGCUAUCAGCAGAGACGAAUACACUCAUCUAGGAACGAUUACCGAGUUUAGAUUCUCCGCUGAAAUCGGCCGCGUCUUCCGUGGGUAUGAUAAGUUGGCUCAUCUGUCUAACUGGGGAGAAGACUGGGGAUUCCUGCCAACACAUUUGGGUCUGGUGUUUGUAGACAAUCAUGAUAAUCAGCGCGGUCAUGGUGCUGGAGGGGAUAAUGUGCUUACUCACAAAGUUUCCAAGAACUACAAAAUGGCUUCCGCUUUCAUGUUGGCUCAUCCAUACGGUAUUCCUCGCAUUAUGAGCUCAUUCUUCUUCGAUAACGGCGAUCAGGGUCCACCACAGGACGGAAGCGGAAAUCUGGUUCCUCCGUCAAUCAAUGCCGAUGGAACGUGCGGCAAUGGAUGGGUUUGUGAGCAUCGAUGGCGUCAGAUUACCAACAUGGUUGGCUUCCGUAAUGUAGUUGCUGGAACAACACUGAAUGACUGGUGGAGUAACGGUGAGCAACAGAUUGCGUUCUGCCGAGGUAACCGAGGCUUUGUUGCAUUCAAUCUCGAAGGUUCCGAUUUGAAUCAAAGCUUGCAGACGUGUUUACCUUCCGGAUCUUAUUGUGAUAUUAUCUCUGGCAGCAAGUCCGGCGGAAGUUGCACUGGUACUACGGUUCAGGUUAACAGUGAUGGUACUGCUAAUAUUUUCAUUGGUUCCGGUUCUGACGAUGGCGUUUUGGCUAUACAUGCUGACUCACGGCUGUAAAUAAAAAGCGUACCGCCGAUUCUUCAAUGUAAUGUAUUGACAAUGAUUAUUUUGUUAUCUGCUACGAGAUUAUCACCGAUGUCAAAAGUAUUACUGCUCUGUUUUAUUUACAAUUGUAAGACGAUGAGAAAUAAAUAGAAGUGUAAAA